CUCAGCUAACAUGGCCGUCUCCAGCCAAUGUUGUUGUCGUCGUCAGACAUUGGGACUUUGGUAAUAGAAAACGGUGACCAAUGCUUUUAUUUUGGGUGGAAUACUUGCCCAGAAAGGAAGCCAAGACGCAACCGGUGCUUCUUCCUCUGUCUUUCUCUCUCUUUCUUUCACCCACCGCACACUAACCCGCCACCCGCCUUUUGAGGCAUGUGAGGCUCUCCGGGGGAUCGGUGCCCCAUCCCGGCCCGUGUCUGGUGGUCCCUGUUGCUUCGUUCUUCGUGGCCCGUCGAGUCAAACGCGUGUUGAGCCGAGAGAAGCUCGAGGCUUGAUGGGUUCUAGCCGUACCUGUACCGCAAAUCUUGACGCCCAGUCUCCACACCCCUCCCCCCGAUUAGAAAUUCUCUUCUGCCGUCAACCGGUCGGGGGGUUUCUUUGUGAAGGUUGACUCUUUCUUUGCCUUGUUCUUGUGUGUGACUCGUCGACGGUCUGUUUCCUGGGCUAGUACUUAGAUGCGAGGGACCCGUUACGCCGCCUCGUCGCCUCAAACCGAUAUCAGUCAUUCUUGUCUCCCCAUGUUGUAAGGUUUAUGUUUCGAUAACCUAAAACCGCGACAAAGAUCAUCUAUCUCAUCCGAGGAAGAGCAGCAGCUAUAAUCGAGUUUUUACCUAUCUUCAAUCAAACCCCCCCACCGAUAUCUCGCCGCCCCUCGACUAUCGUGCCCACACAGACACGGAUCCGAUGGCCCGGCACGAUGACGCCGAGCGGGACGCCGGCCCCGACGGCCAGCCUGCCGAGUUCGACGUCGAGUUCCUCGGCCGACAGCGGCCCGCCGUCUUUGCCUCGCAGUGGUCCGAACUGGGCUUCUGCUUCUCCCUCUUGGGGUCCAUGUUGAUGGCGGAGUACUUCGUCAGCGGCUUUCACAUCAUCCUCCCGCCCCUCGCGUCGGAGCUCGACAUCCCCGCCGCCUCCCAGACCUGGCCGUCCAGCGUCUUCUCCCUCGUCACGGGGGCCUUCCUGCUGCCCCUCGGCCGCCUCGGCGACAUGUACGGCGGCUACCUGACCUUCAACGCCGGCCUCGCCUGGUUCUUCGUCUGGUGCCUCGUCGCCGGCUUCAGCAACAACUACCUCAUGCUCAUCGUCUGCCGCGCUCUCCAGGGGCUCGGCUCCGCCGCCUACCUGCCCGCCGGCAUCAUGCUCCUCGGCAAGACCUACCGCCCCGGCCCGCGCAAGAACCUCGUCUUCGCCCUGUACGGCGCCUUCGCGCCCGUCGGCUUCUUCUUCGGCAUCCUCAUCGGCGGCGUGUCGGGCCAGUUCCUCAGCUGGCGCUGGUACUUUUGGCUCGGCAGCAUCGUGCUCGGCAUCGUCGCCGCCGUGUCGUUCCUGACCAUCCCGCGCGACUUCCGCCGUCGGGACGGUAGCAGUAGCGGUAGCGGCGAGGAAAGCGACGACGACAAGCGCCGCAGAGAGAUCCGCAUGGACUGGUGGGGCGUCGCCACCAUCGUCCCCGGCCUGCUGCUCGUCGUCUACGCUGUCACCGACAGCUCGCACGCGCCCAACGGGUGGGCGAGCCCGCAGAUUAUCGUCACACUCGUGCUGGGCGUCGCCCUGCUCGUGGCCGCCUGGUACGUCGAGAGCCGCGUCGCCGCCCAGCCGCUGCUGCCGGGUGACCUCUUCGCGCCCCGGUCCAUGAAGACGCUCGUGGCGGCGCUCUUCUUCGCCUACGGCACCUUCGGCCUCUUCCUCUUCUACUCGAGCUUCUACAUCGAGACGGUGCUGCACAAGUCGCCGCUGCUGACGGCCGUGUGGUACGUGCCGCUCAUCGUCGGCGGCGUCGUCAUCGGCACCGUCGGCGGCUUCACGCUGCACCUGCUCCCCGGCCGCAUCCUGCUCGCCAUCUCGGGCACGGGCAACGUGCUGAGCGUGCUGCUCUUCGCCAUCAUCCCCGAGAACCCAAACUACUGGGCCUACGUGUUCCCGGCCAUGGUGUGCGGCACCAUCGGCAUCGACAUCACCUACACGGUCAGCAACGUCUUCAUCACGACGAACCUGCCGGCCCACCGCCAGGGCCUCGCCGGCGCCCUCAUCAACAGCCUGCUGUUCCUGGGCAUCAGCUUCUUCCUCGGCAUUGGCGACGUCGUCGUCGGCGAGACAGCCCACCUCGGGCUGAGGAAGAGCUACCAGGCGGCCUUUUGGCUGGCCACCGGCGUCGCGGGUGUCGCGCUGCUGCUCUACGCCUUUGUCCGGAUCGGGUCCGCCAAGAGCGACCUGACGAUGGAGGAGCGUGAGCAGCUCGAGGCCGAAGCGCGGCAGCAGGCACAAGACACGACGGCGACGGCAGCGGCAGCAACCCCGGCCUCGGAGAACGUGAUGCAGGGCGCCGACAGCAACGACACAUCAGCGACGGCGACCGACACGGACGCGGAGAAAUCAAAACCGCCAGCGCCGGAGGGACAUGUUCCGGGGGGAAGAUGAAGAGCAGGCUGGCCGCUUGACGUGAAAGCGCAUGACGCCCAUAU